AUGUCGAAGAUUUUCAGCGCGGCUUUGGCCAUGCUGGUGAUGACCAGGAGCACGUCCAGCUGGCGCGUCGACACACACCACCACGCGCUGCCGCCAAUGUAUCUCGAGGCGAUGGAGGCGAACGGCGGGGAGCCGACUGGGUAUCCGAUGCCCUCGUGGUCCCUGGAGCAAUCAUUAUCGUCAAUGAACAAAGUGGGAACGUCGAUUAGCAUUCUUUCACUUUCCGUGCCCGGUGUCGCCAUUGCUGGAACAGGCAUGGAGGCUCGCACCUUGGCGCGUGACGUUAAUGACUACUUUGGCAACGCGACAACAGAGAGCAAUAUUUCUGAGAGACUUGGCUUCUUCGGUGCCUUGCCGGACUGGCGCGAUGUCAACGGCACUCUCGCGGAAAUUGACUACCUGUACGAGACGCAGCAACUGGCGCAUGGAGUCUCGGCGUCCACCUCGUAUGGCGGACAACUCCUGAGCCACGACGACUUUGUGCCCAUCUGGCAGCGCCUGAACGACUACCACGCCCUUGUGUUCGUGCAUCCCACCAGCCUCCCGGGUGAACCAGGCUCCAUUGCUGGAGCCCUGCCUGAUCCCAUUGUCGAUUUUCCGCUGGCAACCACCCGCGCGGCAGUUGACCUCGUUCUGUCGGGGCGCUUCGGCCAGGUCCCGGACGUUGAUGUGAUCCUGUCUCAUGCAGGAGGCACACUGCCCUACAUUGGCACGCGCGUCAUAGGCAGCCUCGCCAUUCCCGAAGUGCGCAGCAAGGUGCAAGUCGACAUUCUCCAGGCGGCGGCAGGCUUUAAGAGAUUCUACCACGACCUGGCUCUCAGUUCGACCCCGGCGCAACUGAACGGGCUGCUCGACUUUACCGAUCCGGACAAGAUUUUGUUCGGGUCCGACUUCCCGUAUGCUGCUCAGUAUGCGAUUGAUGCGCUGGUGCUGCAGUACGAAGCCUUUGUGAGGUCGAGUCCGCGCGGCUACAAGCUCACAAACGAUGUGCUGAGGCGCAAUGCGCUACGGCUUUUGCAGAAGCAUCAGCAGGGCAAGAAAUUCGAAGAGGGGACAGCCUUUGAGGUUGUAAGUGACCUCGUGUAA